AGUCUCUCUCUAGCCUCUCGACUUUCUGCAGUGGCACACUCAGUCUUUCUCUCUCUUCUGUCUUGCCAACGCCGUCUCAUUUCUUCUGGGUCUCUGUCUCCGCCAUCUCGUGGGUUGUGUGCGCUCGCUUUUGUCGGUCCACCGUCAGUGAGCCCACCGUUAGCCAGAGAGACAAAGAAAGGGAACAAAAAUGGCGGAAGCUGUCAUUGGUAUCAUUGCCAAAAAGAUCAUUGAGAUUUUGGGUUCUCAGGUAAUAGAAACAGUUGGAAAGUUAUGGGGCGUCAACCAUGAACUCAAGGCGCUCGAGGACGCUGUCUCCAUGCUUCAGCCUUUUCUGGACCAUGCAGAAGAGCAAUACCACCAGACUGACCACGUCCGAGUUUGGGUUGAGAAACUGAAAGACGCUUUCUAUGAGGCGCAGGAUGUGCUUGAAGAAUUUGGCAUUGCAGCUAUGCGACGAGAACUGAGGGGCAACAAUGAAAUGAUGAAGGAGAAGGAUUUAUCCAACCAUCAGAUGGAAGUCAGCAUUUAGAAGACAUUGCUCAUGGGUAUUUCAUGGAUCUACUAUCGAGCAACUUCUUCCAAGAUUUUAAGAAAGAUCCAGACACGAAUGAGGAGACCUGCAAGAUGCAUGAUUUGAUGCAUGAUCUGGCAUGUUCGGUUGCGGGGACCGAGUGUAGGGUGGCAUGGGAUGA